CGCUCAGAGGAAACUUCUAGAACUGUAUGGAGGAAAGAACAAAUGCAGCUUCAUGGGCGAGUGGAAGUCGCUCCUCUAAGAGUUACGCCGACGGAUCGCAGUUCAUGGCGUCACAUGACAGCCUCUCGCCUCCGUACUCAAACUCCAGGCUAACAGGUAAAUCGGAGAGGAGUUCUUACCCGUACGGCAGGGAGUCCAACCCACACUGCCAUCAGGCGGUUCUGGGCGGCGAGCUGGCGAUGGGCAGCCCCAGCGCGGCGUCGCCCACCAAGCCAGCGGGUCAGUACUACCAGCACUACGGGUCCAACCCGCGUAGGAGAGCACUGCACAUGGACGCCAUGGAAGUCCACACAAAAAAAGUGCGGAAGGUCCCUCCCGGCUUGCCGUCCUCAGUUUACGCUCCGUCUGCCAGCACAGCCGACUACAACCGGGACUCGCCUGGUUACCCGUCCUCCAAGCCGCCCAGCGCCGGAUUCCCCAGCUCCUUCUUCAUGCCAGAUGGUCACCACAGCGGCGACCCCUGGAGCAGCAGCAGCAGCAGCAUGAGCCAGCAGGGCUACCACAGCAGCAUGCUGGGGGGCGGGAACUCGGCGCACAGCGCUGCCCAGAGCUCCUCCUACUGCGGGAUCCACCCUCACGACCGACUGAGCUACCCGUCGCACUCCUCAUCCGCAGACAUCAGCUCCAGCCUUCCUCCCAUGUCCAGCUUCCACAGAGGCGGCGGAGGGGGCGGAGCCAACCACUACAGCACCGCCUCCUGUACCGCCCCCACCAACGGCACAGACAGCGUCAUGGCUAACCGAGCACAGAGCGGCGCAGCCAGCAGCUCCCAAACUGGAGACGCCUUAGGGAAAGCCCUCGCCUCAAUCUACUCUCCAGAUCACACCAACAACAGCUUCUCGUCCAACCCCUCCACCCCGGUCGGCUCGCCACCGUCACUCACAGCUGCCAGUUCAGCCGUCUGGUCGAGGAACGGCGGACAGGGCGCGUCGUCGCCGAACUACGAGGCUCCUCUUCAUUCACUGCAAAGUCGCAUCGAGGACCGGCUGGAGCGCCUGGACGACGCCAUCCACGUGCUGCGGAGCCACGCCGUGGGGCCGUCCACGGGCAUGGCGAGCGCGCACGGCGACAUGCACGGCCUCAUCGGAGCCGCGCACACGCACAACGGCGCCAUGGGCGCGCUGGGCAGCGGCUACGGGACGGGACUGCUGUCGGCCAAUCGGCACUCACUAAUGGUGGGCUCUCACAGAGAAGAUGGCGGCAGCGUGGGCAGUUUACGCGGCGGCCACUCCAUGGGGGGUCAGGUGUCGGUUCCUCAGCUGCCGGUCCAGUCGGCGACCUCACCGGACCUCAGCCAGCCCGACCCGUACCGCGCCCUGUCCGGCGGCCUCCAGGGCCAGAGCACGUCCUCGGUGAGCUCGGAGAUCAAGUCUGAGGACGAGGGAGACGAGAACCUGCUGCAGGACAGCAAGCCGCUGGACAAGAAGGACGACCUGGACAAGGAGCUCAAGGCCAUAGAGAGCAACAACGACGACGAGGAUUUGAGCCCGGAGCAGAAGAUGGAGCGGGAGCGGGAGCGCAGGAUGGCCAACAACGCCCGGGAGCGGCUGCGCGUGCGCGACAUCAACGAGGCGUUCAAGGAGCUGGGCAGGAUGGUGCAGCUGCACCUGAAGAGCGACAAGCCGCAGACCAAGCUGCUGAUCCUGCACCAGGCCGUCGCCGUCAUCCUCAGCCUGGAGCAGCAAGUCAGAGAGAGGAACCUGAACCCCAAGGCGGCCUGCCUGAAGCGCCGCGAAGAGGAGAAGGUCACCGUCACCUCAGAUGGGACGCCCCUCUCGCUGGCCGCCGCCCACCACGCCGCCGCCGCCGCCAUGGGCGAUGGACCAAACCCCAUGGGACAAAUGUAAACCGCAGCAAACUCUCCUCCCCCUGAAUGGUCCAAGGUGCCAGAGUUCAUCAGGAUGAUGAGUGACCACUUCCUCUGACGGCGUUCUCCACCAACCAAUCACGCGCGCCGCCUCUCGCUCCAGCCCGACCACGUAGUUCCUCCGGGUCAGAUCCGCCUUCGUCUCCUCUGUGAUCUGUCGUCUCCUCUUCGUCGCCAUCUUCUUCUUCUUCUUCUUCUUCUUCAGUCGAGAAAAUCGGACUUCAGAGUCGCAUUCGUCGCUUUCCGGACGUUUUGAUACGACAACUGACAAAUUCCUUUGGAUCCGCCCCAGGAACUCUUGUGCUACGUGUUUUAUCAGCAUUCCCAGGACAAAAAGGCUCUAUAUAAAUAUAUAUAGUAAAUAUAUAUAUAUAUAUGUGUGUAAGAAAACAGAAAAAGUUUAAAACGGGCAGCGAGGAAGGUUGGGGUUAAGGAGGGAGCAAACAUAUCACAAAGUGUUUAAAGAGAUUCUUGUUUUUUAACGCAACAUUUGCGCAGCGGUUGAUCGCAGCCUCGACACGGCACUCUAGCGCCGCACUGUGGAUGAAGCUGUGCCUCACCACCUCUCGGAUAGACGCACAGGGAGAGGAUUCUGAAAAAAAACCUCCCUCAAACUUCCCGAGGAAAGCUUAGGAAGAAGACAAACCGGCACCCGCAGGAGCGCUUAGGCGCUUCUGUCCAAACCUGCACAAACUCAUCAUGUUUCUGUAGAGGUAAAAGUACAAAAACGGUUGGGAGUUAGCGACCAAACGGCCCGGAUAGAGCGAAGAGUCACUGAGCAGACCAAACAACGCUAAUGCUAGCUUAGCACGACAAAUCAUGGAGAGAUGAAGGGAAACUUGGACUGGACAGCAAAGCGAAUCACAUUCCUUGAGCCGCUACUUGAAUCAAGAGCUCCAACAUGGAAACACAAAGCGAGGGUCAGAGGAGGCCAGGGAACAAUCACCAUGGCGACGGGGUCCGCUGCCGCCGAAGCAUUCCCGCUCUGAUCCCAAUCCUGCCCACGCUCCGACACCGGUGAAAGGGGGCUUCAAGAUGGCCGCCGCCGCAGGGCGGUAAAGUUCAGAGUUCAUCCUGAUUUUCACCAGCAGCAAGAGGUCAGAACAGGAAGUGGAAAUAUUUACAGACGAGUCCACAGUUACAGCAUUUCCAUUAAACAAGAAGUUAAAUUCAAACAUGAAAAAGUCACUAAAAAUCACGGAUGACGAAAGUCUGAGAUGACAAAUGUUCCUGGACGAUAAAUUAUCCCAGAAGUUAUUGCGAUAAACGAUAAUAUUGUUGUUUUGAUUUUCAAUCAUUUUACUCUAAUACUGAGUAACUGAUGAAAUUAUCAAUCAUUUAUGAUUUAAAAAUCACAUCAUCAGAUGAACUGAACCAAGAGGCUGUCUUCAGUCAGAGGCUUCUUCAGAUUUGCUGCAGCACAGACUGCUACAGGCUGUUCCUGCCAACAGCAUCAGUAGCUACAAUAACUCUUUGAAUUGAGCCAAAAUAUAACAUCAAGUAGAAAUUUUUGUAUUUUAGGGACCAAAAUGAAAAUAAUUCAUAGAAGUAACAAAAAA